AUGAUUGGGAUGGAGACUAUUGUUGGUAAAAGUAGUUUAGCGAGUGGUGGCCAACCAACACGACUUUUGCUCACUACUACAUCAAAUUUUUUCGUUGGCCAAAGAAAUCUUGCAUUGAGAGAUGCAAUUCUCUUUCUGAUGGCUGCUCAAGAUAAUUCUUUAACAGAGUACCAGGAGGAGAUACAGCGCAUGUAUAAUCAUCGUGUUACUAUAUCAAUCACAGUGCUUGCUGCCGUGCUCUAUUUUGAUAUUAAUCCUCAGGCCAUCACGACAAAGUGCAGCAUAAUUCCUUAUAAACAUUACUGGAUAGCCAGCAAGCGUAUCGUGACACCAAAAGGGGUAAUUUCUGGUGCAGUUGAAGUGAAGGGAGGGAAGAUCAUAUCUGUAGUUGAAGAGGAUGAUUGGCGAGAGAAUGCUAGAAGCAAGCACAUUAUUAAUUAUGGGGAGGCUGUCAUUAUGCCUGGUUUGAUUGACGUGCAUGCACAUCUUGAUGACCCUGGAAGAGCAGAAUGGGAAGGAUUUCCAUCGGGGACAAUGGCAGCUGCUGCUGGAGGGAUAACGACACUGAUUGAUAUGCCUCUUAACAGUUUUCCAUCUACAGUUUCUGAAGAAACUCUCAAACUUAAGACCAAUGCUGCUAAAGGGAGGAUCUUCGUCGACGUUGGUUUCUGGGGUGGUCUGGUCCCAGAAAAUGCAUUUAAUGCUACGUCUUUGGAGUGUCUUCUAAAGGCGGGGGCUCUAGGCUUGAAGGUUUGCUCCUGCACUAGUGAUGGAUAA